AUGGUCACGGUGAUUCCAAGUGCGACAUCAGAAAUUAAUGUCGUAUCUUUCAAACAUCGAGCGAUUGUUGCAGCCAUUUUGCUCGUAUUCGCAUUGGUCGGUCUAUUUGGUAACGCCCUCAUCAUCAUUUCAGUCAUCGUUUGCAGAAAGCUUCGGACGAUCACCAAUGUCCUGGUGGUCAAUCUGGCUUUCGCUGAUUUCAUGGCAUGUACCUUCUUACCGUUCCAAAGUGCUGGUCUCCUAAGUCAAACAGGAAGGUACCCUCUGCACGAGGCGGUGUGUGCAGCCGUUGCCGCAGUAGAAUAUAUCAGCGUGUGCUGCAGUGUACACACCCUAGUCGCUAUCGCAUUCGUCCGCUGGUACGUUAUCACCAAAUCUAUUCGUGGUCAUCAAGGUCUCCAUACCCCGAGGAAAAUUGCCAUCAUGGUUAUGAUCAUCUGGAUAAUCUCAAUCUCCUACAUGGUCGUACCUCCUGUUCUUGGCAUUGGAACACUCGGUUAUUCCGGAUAUUACGGCCUAUGUUGUUUGGCAGAUACUAACGAACUAGAUAACUAUUAUGUCGUUCUUCAAGGGGCUCUGAUCGCCAAUGCCCUUCUGCUUACCCUCGUAUUUUACAUUCGUAUCUUACGCCAUGUCUCGCGACAUAAUAAGCAGUUUCGAGAGGCACAUCAGAACAAGGCUUCUUCGUCCAUUUCUGCAGGUUCUCGUCCGCCCAUGAUCACUGCCAACAACCGAAAGGAGAUUGAGAUCACUAAGAAUCUCUUCAUGGUCGUUUGUGUUUUCAUGCUCUGUUUCCUAGCCACCAUUGUGAAUUUCAUCAUCCCUGGUACCAGCGUCUUUACUCUCUACAGUUCCAUGAUAGUGUUAGCGAACAGCGUAGUCAAUCCGAUCAUCUACGGGCUCAAGCACCCCAACUUUCAAGAGGUCUUCAUAAAAAUGAUAUGCUGUCGUCCAGUAAGGAUAGGCAUAAUGCAAGACUGA